AUGGAGCGACUCCUCUGGCCACAGGCCCUACUCCUGGUGGCCCUGCUGUUUCCAGGGCUGUGUGAGGCCAGGCAUGAAAGCCAGGGAGGCACCAAGGGCAUCAGGGCACCAAGGGAUGAGGCCCUCAGACCUGGAACCAAUGAUUCUCGGGAGCUUCACCACCCAGGAAAGCGCUAUCUUGUGCCACUCACCCCCCAGAUGGUGGGUGACAUCCCCCCUGGAAUUCGGAAUAUUAUCUGCAUGAUGCAACACGGAACCUGCAGACUCUUUUUCUGCCAUGGCGGUGAGAGGAAGGGAGAGAUUUGCUCCGACCCUUGGAACAGGUGCUGCAUAUCCACUACAGAGGAAGAGAGGAACAAUAAACUGGAGAAAAGUGACAAAGCUGACAUGGAAACUUCCAGAAAGUGGCCAAAACCUUCAAGUCUCCCAAGGGCUUAG